AUGGCAGCAACAAUAGUUUCAGGUACUACCGCUGCUUGUAGAACUUCCACUACCCUCUGUACUUUGGUAAUCAUAGCUAUCCUCGUCUCUUCUCUUGUUCCACAAUCUUAUUCCGUUCCUUAUCCCAAGUCGCCCUUGCCGCCACCGCCCCGGCGCCCCUCGACACCUACAAUUUGCAGUUCGCCGCCUUCCACUGGUGCCGCAUACGGACAGAUCCCUGGAGUCGAUAUAGAUACAAUAGAAUUUCCAUUGAACGUCGAGUUUCUUGAAACCGAACUCUUCAUGGUUGGAGCCACAGGGAAGGGAUUAGAUGACGUUGCUCCGGAGUUAGCCCAGGGAGGUCCGGCGCCCAUCCCUCCAGAUAUGGCCAACCUCGACCCUGAAUUUGCUGAACUUUUCGAGGAAUUCGCCUGGCAAGAAGUCGACCACCUACGGCCGCAAACGAAUUUAAGUGCGGCAGUGUUUGCAGAGAUUAUGAAUCAGGCCUUUGGCUAUCCUUUGAAUCCUCCCUUCAACCCUUUUGCCAAUAACGUCAACUUCCUCAUUGCCAGCAACUUUAUUCCUUACAUCGGAGGUACGGGGUACGUCGGAGGUAACGUUAAUCUCCAAGGACCCGCAUCCCGAAGGUUGGUGGGAGGACUAAUGGCGGUGGAAUGGAGCCAAGAUGCAAUCAUCAGAGAAUUGUUGAAUCAGAGAAAGAAUACAGUGGUAAAGCCGUAUAAUUACACGGUGACGGACUUCACCGUCAAGAUGUCGGAACUGAGAAACAGGUUGGGAGGCGCAGGCGAUAAGGACGAAGGCCUUGUGGUUCCCAAAGAGCAAGGUGCCGGCGGCCAAGUUACCAGCAAUGUGGUGUCUGCGAACAAUGUGUCCAUUGCAUAUGAUCGGUCGGCGGCAGAAGUGCUGAGGAUUUUGUACCUUAUUGGAAAAGAAAAUAGGCCCGGCGGUUUCCUCACAUAUGGAGGCAAUGGUAACAUUGCUCAAAGGUUUCUAAAGAAGAAAUCAGCAUGA